AUGCUGAGACUAGUUGCCGUCGCCUGCGCCAUUGCCUGCGUGUUCGCAGAUUCUUACCCAUCUACUGAUUAUUUCGGUGGAUGCGGAAUCUAUGGAUGCAACUACGGAGUGAACUCAGUUGGGCCCAACUACAACUACGGGGGUCUGGUCAGCACCGGGGGUAGUGGAGUAAGCUCUGGAUUUAACACCGGACUACUCGGUCUUGGAGGAAGUGGAGCAUCAGCUGCUGCUUCCGCCGCCGCUGCAGGAAAUGCUGCCGCUGCUGCUGCUGCCGCCGCCGCUAGUCAAAACAGUGGACUUUUUGGUCUUGGAGGAAGUGGUUCAGCUGCCGCCGCCGCCGCUGCUGCUGCUGGAGGAAAUGCCGCUGCUUCUGCCGCCGCCGCUGCCAAUAAUGGACUUGGAUGGAACCAACUCUACAACGGCCACUACCAGCCCGGAUAUACCUACAACCCAGGAUAUUACUACCAAAACGUUUACAACACUUACCCAUACUCCUACAAUACCCUCCCAUACUACGGAGGAUUUGGAGGUUCAUCUGCUGCUGCAAGCGCUGCUGCUGCUGCUGGUGAUGCUUCCGCUGCCGCUUCUGCCGCCGCCGCUAGUCAAAACAGUGGAAUUUUUGGUCUAGGAGGAAGUAGCUCAGCUGCUGCUGCCGCCGCCGCUGCUGGUCAAAAUGCUGCCGCUGCUGCUGCCGCCGCUGCCGGUCAAAACGCCGCUGCUGCUGCCGCCGCCGCUUCCGCCUCAGGAUUUAAUGGUUUCAACGGAUUCAACGGUGGAUUCAGUGGAAUUGGAAGUGGAUUGAACAGCGGACUCCUCGUCAGUGGUGGAUACGGAAGUGGUGGUUACGGAGGCAUUGGUUACGGAAGUGGUGGAUACGUCAGCAGUGGAUACGGUCGACGUGGAUAUGGAAAGAAAAGAUCCAGGGUUUAUUAAACUAACAGAGACUUUUCAUGAUUGGAUGGUGUUUAAAGAAUGUGUUUUAAAUAAAAAUUAUUUACCUGCU